AUGUUUUCGAAAUAUAUACUGACAACAACAGUUGCAUUGGUAUUGUUAAAAUACCAAUGUUACUCUGCAGAUCCAAGUGUCUCUGCUCAAUUUAAAAAAUCAGCAGUUUGUGCUGGUGCAAACAAGUGUGCUGAAAUUGGAUCAUCAACUUUGAAUAAUGGAGGUUCAGCAGUUGAUGCUGCAAUAGCAACAAUGAUCUGCAACAAUUUGGUUCACCCACACUUGGCUGGUUAUGGAGGUGGAUUUUUCAUGACAAUUUAUGAUAAGGCAAAUAAACAUGUUGACUUUUUAAAUGCCAGAGAAAAAGCACCAGGUGAUAUUUCAAAAGCAUCAAAGACUGGUGUCAAUUCAAUUGCUGUUCCUGGUGAAAUUGCUGGUUAUGCAGUUGCUCAUAAAAAAUAUGGUAAAUUAUCUUGGGCAGCAUUGUUCGAACCAACAAUUAAACUCUGUGAAAGUGGAUAUCAAGUAUCAAAAGCACUUGAAAAAGCUCUCGAUUCAUCAGCUGAUAUUCUGAACAAAGAUGAAACUUUAAGGGCAUUAUUUGCAAGUGGUGGUGAUACGAAAAACGAAGGUGACCCCGUAAAGCCAGGUAAACUUUGUGAGACAUUGAAAGCAAUUGCAUCAAAAGGUGCUGAUGAAUUUUACAAGGGUGGUGUUGCUACAAGUAUCAUUGAUGAUUUAAAAAAGAAAUCAGGUGCAUUGACAUUAAAUGAUUUGUCAAGUUACACAGCUGAAUGGGGAAAUCCAUUGAAAACAACACUGUUAGAUGAUUUAACAUUAUAUACAGCAAAUGCACCAGGUGGUGGAGCUCCUCUUGCACUUGCUUUAAAUUUAAUUGAUGAAUAUGGUAACGAAUUGGCAAACCCUGAUGCAGCAUUGAGAAUUCACCGACUUUCUGAAAUAUGGAAAUACUCUGUAGCAGCAAAAAGCAAAUUGGGUGAUCCUAAAUUUAGCUCACUUGACGGGUUAUUGAAAGCAAUGACUUCUGAUGCAUAUGCAAAAGAUAUUAAGUCAAAAAUUAAUGAUAAAGAAACAUAUCAUGAUGCAAGUCAUUAUGGUGUCAAUGCUGAUGUUCAAGAUGAAGGUACAGCUCAAGUAUCAAUUAUUGAUGCUGAUGGUAAUGCUGUUUCAGCAACAAGCAGUCUUAAUGGACCAUUUGGUAGCGGUGUUGUUAGUGAAUCAACUGGUAUCAUUAUGAACAGUGCAUUGAGUGAUUUUUCACCAGAAUCAGAAGCCAAUAAAAUUGCACCAAACAAAAGACCAUUAUCAUCAAUGGCUCCUUCAAUUAUUAUUGAUUCAAAGGAUAAUGUCAAGAUAGUUAUUGGAGCAACUGGAGGACCUAAAAUAACAACAGCUGUUUCAUCAGUAAAUAAAUAUUCUUGUUAA